AUGAAGUGUUUCGGACUAGGCGGUUCAUUCAACGCGCGCGAUGAUGACGGGGCAGGCGGAACAGUCUCCGCGCCCACUUCCGCCUGUAGCACUCCCUCGGGUCAUCCGCCUAUCCGAAGCCGUUUCUUUAACUACCUCGGCUCUCCGACGCACCACCCGCACAGCCUGACCUCCUCGCCUCGAGCUCCAAUCGCUGCUACACUCUCUGACGUUCUUGCAGAUGUUUCUAUCGAGGAUGAAAACCUCUCCUGCUCCCCCUCGUCCCACGCUCCCCCGCCAUCCGCCGCGUCGCGCUUCCUCCAGAGGCAAGCCUCCGAACCAUACAACAACCAACCGCAGAGUUGCGAUUCCCCCUCCCGAACCUCCACUUCUCCCCGCCAAAACGUGCCUCGGAGCUUGUCAGGGUCUCCGGUGGCAGGGGUAACAACCCCGCCUGUGCCGCGAGGAGGUUCAGCCGGAGGCGGCUCGGUCGGAACAGCUGGGGAGGAGUCUAUAGAAGACGAGUUAGUUGUGGAAGGUAACGGUGCCGCGUUGGGGCGAAGGCAACGGAGAAGCUAUGACGGCGGGUUAGGGUUAGGUAGCCCUGGCGGCGUGCGCGCGCCGUCGCCGCUCGGCGGGUCGCACGGAACGUCGCCCGGCGACGGAGUAGGCUCUCCGUCGCCUGUUCGCCCCGCGUCGUCGCACGCACCCAGGCAGCAGCCGCAGCAGCAGCAGCAGCAGCACCAUCAGCAGCAGAGGCAGGUUCGACGAAGCCACAGCACGUCAGCGGUCAGCAGCGUUCAGGCCAAUGGCAGUGCUGGCGGCGGCGGCUCCGGCGGCAGCGGCGGCGGUACUAACAGUAGGUCUUUUAACUUCAAUUUCACCAAUAAGGGUUCCGGCGGCGGAAAUGGCGGUGGCGCCGGAAGCGGCGGCAACGGCGGUGGCGGCGGUAACGGCGGGAGCAGCAGAGGGUCCUCAGUUCAGAUGUUCAGCGGGUCGAACGUUAAUCCGUUCGCGCUUCGGAUCACGCAAAAGAUGAACUCGCCCUCGCCUCUCGUGAAGGCCAGAGAAAAUAAGACUAGCGGCGGCGGCGCAAACGGAACUGCAACAGAGGCAGCGGCUGCGGCGGCGUCGGGGGCGGGGGCGGGGCCGGGGCCGGGGACGGGGGCGGAGGCUGGGGGAGAUUCGGCGGCAGAUCAGCCGUCCGCGAUACAAGACGCGGCAAUAGAUGGCAAUACCGGGCCCGAUCAAUCCGUCGCUUUAAGCACGCCGCGGCGGCCGCACGACCGUGCGAUGCAGCGCGAUAUGUUGCUGAUAGAUGACGUUCUUAAGCGAUCGGAUCUUCGCGUGUUCUCCUAUCCGGAGUUAAAAUCCGCGACUAAGGGGUUCUCGAACGAUCUGCUCCUAGGAGCCGGCGGGUUCGGCAAGGUCUUUAAAGGGGUAUUGAAGCCAGCUAGCUCGCAGGGUUCGGGAGCGGCAAACGCGGCGGCAAACGCGGCGAGCAGCGCGCUGGAAAGCGCCGCAGCGGCGGUUUCGGGGGUAUCGGGGGGAUCUCCGGGAGGGGGAGGCGCUGCUGGGGGGUUGGUGAACGGCGGAGGGGUGGGGGAAGGGCGGAGGGUGCUGCAGCAAGAGGUGGCGAUCAAGAAGCUGGACUCGAAGAGCCUACAGGGUCACAAGGAGUGGAUGGUUGAAGUGAGAUUGCUGGGUCUCAUAGACCACCCCAACCUCGUCAAGCUGCUUGGCUUCUGUGCCGAGGGCCACCGCCGCCUUCUCGUCUACGAAUUCCUCCCCAACUCCUCCCUCGACCGGCACCUCUUUGCACCGCUCUCCACCACUGCCGCCGCUGCUGCAGCCACUAACAACGCUAACAGCCACCACCACCGGAGCAGCAGCAACCACCACCACAAUGUGCAUGCGUCAUCUGCAUCAACCGCAUCGCACUCCUCUCACUCCCACUCGCACUCCUCGAAAAAAGCGGCGGCAGCAGCGGUGCUGCCGCCUUUGGACUGGCCGACGCGGCUCAAGGUGGCGCUGGGGACGGCGAGAGGGCUGGCUCACCUGCACGAGGAGGUGCAGGUCCCGAUCAUCUACCGUGAUUUCAAGACAUCCAACGUGCUUCUAGACGCAGACUUCUGCCCCAAGCUGUCUGACUUCGGGUUGGCGAGGGAAGGGCCCAUGGGGGAAGAGACACACGUGUCAACGCAGGUGCGCGGUACCGCAGGGUAUGCGGCUCCUGAGUACAUGAUGACAGGCCGUCUAACACCGAAAAAUGACGUGUGGGCGUUUGGAGUCGUGCUUUUAGAGCUUCUCACGGGAAGACCCUCCAUCGAUCAACGUCGGCCGCCACCGGAAGUCAAUAUAGUUCAAUUUGCGCGGCCGUACCUACACAAUAGUGCAGAUUUGUCCAAGAUUAUGGAUCCUAGGCUCGGGGAUAAGUACCCCAAGCAAGCAGCUGCGAAGGUUGCGGAGUUGGCGAGAUGGUGCCUGGUGAAUGACCCGUUCAAGAGGCCGAUAAUGAGUGAGGUUGUGCAGGUGCUAACUUUCUUGUCUUCCUCGCAAUGGCUUCAAUGUUAA